GGGAUCGGAAAGUUUGUCAGCCUCCAGGGCUAAGGAAGGCGGCUUCGCCUUACCUCCGGCUCGUCGGUCGCCGGCAGCUGUUUCGCCGGACUGCGGGGCGCUUGAGAGCUCGACUUGGGAGUGCGGUCCGAAGCGCACCUUGGCUGCAGCAGGCAAGCAAAAGACAGAGCGAGCGAGCCAGCCAUCCCUCGAGAGGAGCCGGCGAGUCCCAAGAUGCAGCCCAACAUGGGAGCCCGCUGGGUACUCAAGGGAGCCGCCGGGCCCACCCGACACCCACCCAAGCGCCAGGACCGCUCGAGCAGCGUCCCUGCGGCACUCCGUUGACUCCAUUCGCAGAAGCGCAGCAGGCACCGAAGAGGGGGUGGUGGCUGGGACUGCGGCACAGCGCUGGGUACUGGGGGGCCGCAGCUGCCAUCUGCUUACAAGUCUUGCCGACCGCUCUCCCGCUCCAUAUCAGGGAGCUCAAGCGGAAGGUUGGGGAUCAGAGCUUUGACUCUGGGAAGCUGAUUCCCCGACCCCCUGGCUGGUCUCUAAGGUGGACGAGAGCCUGACUGAAAGGGAGCUGAAGAGUUUGUUGGAAGCAUCAUGAGCCAGAGAACUGGGAGAGAAGCUUGGGUUCCCAGCCUGCUCGCCCGGGGACUGGAGGAAGCGCUCCCCGCCGGCCUGCCCGCCGUGCAAAGCCUGCUGCUCCUGCUGCUCUCGCUGCUGGCCGCUUUCCACGUGGCGAAGCUCCUGGGGCGGGAGCGGCGGCGCAGGAGACCGGAGCCGCCGGGGCCUUUCCCGUGGCCCUUGCUGGGCAACGCGGCUCAGCUGGGCAGCGCCCCUCACCUGGCCUUGGGGCGCCUGGCGGCCACCUACGGCGACGUCUUCCAGCUGCGCCUGGGCCGCUGGCCCGUGGUGGUCCUGAGCGGCGAGCGCGCCAUCCGCGAGGCCCUCAUCCGCCAGGGGGCGGCCUUCGCCGGCCGGCCGCGCUUCCCCUCCUUCCAGCUGGUGUCCGGCGGCCGCAGCUUGGCCUUCGGCGGCUACUCGGAGCUGUGGAAGCUGCAGCGGCGCCUGGCGCACUCGACGGUGCGGGCUUUCUCGGCACACCGCCUGCUGGAGCGGCCCCUGCUGGCCGAGGCGCGCGCGGUGGUGCGGCUCCUGGUGCGCGCCUGCGCCGGCGGCGCCUUCGUGGACCCGUCGAGGAGUCUGGUGGUGGCCGUGGCCAACGUCAUGAGCGCGCUCUGCUUCGGCCGCCGGUACAGCCACGCCGACGCCGAGUUCCGCCGCCUGGUGGGCAGGAACGAGCAGUUCGGGCGCACCGUCGGGGCGGGCAGCCUGGUGGACGCGCUUCCCUGGCUGCGGCGCUUCCCUAACCCGGUGCGCUCCGCCUAUAGCGCUUUCCGCGCCCUCAACCAGGAGUUUUACAGCUUCGUGCGCCACAAGUUCGUGGAGCACCAGAGCAGCCUCCGGCCCGGCGACGCCCUCCGCGACCUCAUGGACGCCUUCAUCCGUCUUCAGCAGGCGCAGCCCCGGCUGCAAGUAGAGCACGUGCCGGCCACCGUCACCGACAUCUUCGGCGCCAGCCAGGACACGCUGUCCACCGCCCUGCAGUGGCUCCUGAUCUUCCUCGUCAGGUAUCCUGAUGUGCAGGCUAAACUGCAAGAAGAAAUAGACAAAGUGGUUGGCAGGGGUCGUUUGCCAUGUGCUGAGGACCAGUCUCAUUUGCCUUAUGUUAUGGCGUUCCUUUAUGAAUCCAUGCGCUUCAGCAGCUUUGUGCCAGUUACCAUUCCACACUCCACCACAGUGGACACCACCUUGAUGGGCUAUCAUAUUCCCAAAAACACAGUGGUGUUUGUCAAUCAGUGGUCAGUGAAUCAUGACCCAGUGAAAUGGCCUGCCCCAGAAGAUUUUGAUCCAGCAAGGUUCCUGGAUGAGAAUGGACUCCUUAACAAAGACCUCAUGAGCAGUGUGAUGAUUUUUUCUGUGGGCAAACGUAGGUGCAUUGGAGAAGAGUUGUCCAAGGUGCAUCUCUUUCUUUUCAUUGCCAUAUUGGUGCACCAGUGUCAUUUUACUGCUAAUCCAAAGGAAGACUCUCAAAUGGAUUUCACCUAUGGGUUGACUAUUAAACCUAAGCCAUUCACUGUCAAUGUUGUGCUUCGGGAAACUAUGGAUUUGCUGGAUAGCGCUGUACAGUGAAUGUAGGCAGAGAAAGACUGUGGAAAUGGCCUGCCAAAUAUUAAGCUCUGAAAUUUGGAUACCAUCUUUAUAUUUGAGUAAUGAUUUUGUCCCAUUCCUUCCCUUUAUAUUUAAGUAAAAUGUAUUGAAAUAAGAUGUAUUCUAGCAUGAUAUGAAGUAAAGCAAUACAUGAUUUUUUUGAAAUCUAGAUUUAGUUGUCAGUUUAUAAGUUCAUUAAUGUUAACAAGUGAGAAGCAACAAAUACAUUCUCUAACUAAAGGAAAUAUUUACAUCUUUAUUUGCCUUUGUUUGUUCUACUUCUCAUAGUAAAAAAUGUGGUGCUUUAAUAUCACCCCUACCUGCAUAGGACAAAAGUCCUGUUUUGGGGCUGUGACUGUGAAUGACAGUUUUAUUCCUGUGCCUUUAAUCAUCAAAACUAUACCCAUUAGAAUUACAAAUCAUUAUUUUGAAAACAGAUUUUUGUAAAUGUCUCAUUCUACAGUGUAAUUCCAUUUUCUUUAAAUAAGCAAACAUUAUGCAUUGCAUGUCUGUUGUGUAUCUUGAUUCAUUUAAAUGUGUGUAUAUGUUAUCUGCUAUUUCUAUCAAAUCCCAGAAAGACCACAAUAUUUUAAAUAGGAUUAUCAGUUUAAAAAAACCAUCUGUAAUUGACUGAAUUAGUUACUGUUGAUUGACAGCUUUGUUGUUGUCACUCUUUGAUACAUAUUCAAAGAUAGAGAUGUCAUUCAUUUGAAAUAGUAUAUGUAUUUAGUGCAGAUUAAGGUUGGCUCUUUAUUAAUUCAUCACUUAUAGUUGACUCAGUUAUACUACAAAAUUGAAAGUAUUUGUAAAUAUUACUGAUGGAGCCAACUAGGGAGUGGGGUGAUACAAUGCCACUCUUUGUGUAGGUUAUAGCCACCUUAGUAACUCUAAACAGAGAAUACUAUUCAAAGGCAAUAAGUUUAUCAUGGCAACCUAGCAAGUGACUGAAAAUUCUUACUGUUACAGGAUCAUUAUUUUGUUGUUGGCUGUAGUAUUAACUUCUUACCAACACCUUAGCCUUCGGCCUUCUAAUUUCAGAAGUUUGAACUCUGCAUGUUGAAAUCUGGUUGUUAAAUUAGUAAUGCAUAAUAUAGUUCUAUAGUGGAGCGGAACACUGUGAUUUCCAGUACAUUCCUUUUAAGAAACUCAGCAGGAUCUAUCUACAAGGUGGCAGCAAACUCAGUGGGUGUUGGACAUUCAUCUCUUUAUGCAGAGAAUUACAAACAAAAAUUAAAUGCAAAAUAGAAAGAAAUUAUUGGAGGGGAGUGUCCUCAAAUAAUUUCAUAGAUGAUAAAAUUAAAACCAUUGGUAUCCUAGAAUUUAGCCUACACUUGUGAACAGCUAUGACCUAGUUUCAUACUUGGGUUAAUGCUAGAUCUGUCAUUAAAGUAAUGUCAAUUUUUCCACUUGUACUUCUGUAAAGAUCAUGUGUUUUAUAACAAUGUAAUUACUAUUUAAUAGAAUAUUCCCCAUAAUGCAAGGAUUGCUGAGUUUAUUGUGACAAAUUCCAUUUUUUAACUUUUGAUAAAUUCUUUAAAAUAUAUCUGGCUGGUAAUAUGACAUUUGUAAUUGCCCUACAAAGAGAAUUUCACAGAUAUGAGUUUGUAUAUAUUAAUACAUACUUAUUAUUGAUUUUUAGAUGCCCAUUAGACCACCUAUUUUGUAGCACAGGUAAUUAUAUUUUUUGUAUUUUUCAAAUAUUAAAUAAAAUUAUUCUUGUACUACA